AGGAAACGAAACUUGGGGUUGUGGUUUGGCUCCGCCCCCCGCGUCCUCGACCAAUGGGCGAGGCCGCAAGGACAGCGGCGACCAAUGAGGGGCCGUCCCCGCCCUGGACACACACGGACGCACACAUGGCCCGCACCCGCAUAUUACGUUUACACAUUUUGUUAAAAGUUGUGUUUGUAUUGCGUGUGUGUGUGUCUCUGUGCGGGUGUGCGCACCGGCUGAUUGGUGAGCGACACUCUGUGACGACUGCCGCCUGGCCGCGCUGCACCACUGCGCCGCUAACGCUCGCACUGCCUGCACGUCGUCCGCCCGCCCGUCCGCACGCUGGCUGCCACCCGCGCUCUCUCUCCCUCUCUCUCUCUCCUCCUGCUGCCGCCGCCGCCUCCGCCGCCGCCGCUGCCCUCCACCACCACCACCUGCCGUCGUCGUGGACGCCAGCGCGCGCCCACACAGCAGCAGCAGUCGUGACAACAACAACAAUCAACAACCCCUGAAGGCGCGGUUGCAUCUGUCGCUCCCGUCGUUCGGUCGGUCGGUCCCAUGACCUCCUACGGCGCCCGGGAGGAGGAGGUCGUCGUCGUCGUCGUAGUCGCCGCGACUGUCAGCGAGUGAGAAAGAUUUCUAAGGUGUUUUUAAACUAUCGUCGCAGACUCCAGUGACAACAUUAUAAUCUCAGUGGUACCUACGGAAGUAGUGAAGUGAGGAGGACGGAAAGACAGACAGACAGACAGACAGUCAGUCACUGUGGGGUCUGAGACAGAGAACAGACACGAGUGAGUCAGAGUCAUGGAGGACAAUUCUGCUCCUGAAGACAGUCGUAGUGUCCGUUCAGGAGGGUCCAUCGGGGCGAGGUCUCCCCCUCCCCUUUCCCCCGUCAUCACGAGCAUGGUUGGGUGCGUGUCUCCGGCCAGCCCUCCGCCGCCCUUGCUGGCAGCGCCGCCCCUCUCGGUGCCCGGCCCGUCGCCGCCCGGAGGGCAUUCGCCGCCAAUCUUCCCUUCCCCGCCGCCCACAUCGCGCCCACCGCCUUUCCUACCCGCACUGUACUUCUCUCACGCCUACAACUCGCCCCCGCCCAUCCACACGUCGGACCCGACGGCCAACGACUGCAAGCUGGUGGAGUACCGGGGGCAGAAGGUGGCCGCCUUCAUCAUCAACAAUGACACGAUGCUCUGCCUGCCGCAGGCCUUCGAGCUCUUCCUGAAGAACCUGGUGGGCGGCCUGCACACCGUCUACACCAAGCUGAAGCGCCUGGGCAUCGAGCCCCUUGUGUGCAACGUCGAACAGGUGCGCGUCCUACGCGGUCUGGGGGCCAUCCAGCCAGGUGUCAACAGGUGCAAACUGCUCUCCAUCAAACACUUUGACGUCCUCUACAAGGAUUGCACCACGGCCAGAAUGGUCUCAGGGUGCGGCUCGAGGCCACGUAUCCCCGGGGAGGGCGUACCUCCUCCAAAAGGGGCCCCCGACCCUAACUUACCCUGCAUAGCGCUGCCAGGGAGACCGCCGAAACGACCCCACGAAAUAUUAGGCAUCGGAGGGUUGCCUGGGUUACCUCCCCCUCCCCACCCCCCUCACCUCUCCCCGGAGGCACUCAUGGCACUGAAGAAGACGCGCAUGGAUGCCAGAGACUUCCCUCCAUUCAUGAACGGAGGAGUGCACGAUGGCGACAUGGAGAAGUCGCCCUUGCUGUCCAACGGGUACAAUCCUCCUCCCAAGGGCCUCAUGGCCCAAUACAUGGCCCUGAACGGCGGGAUGCCCCACCCUGCCCUGCUUGCCCACACAGGCCUGCCCCUGCCCCCACAUCCGGCGCCCUGGCCCACACACGCAGCAGCGGCUGCUGCAGCAGCAGAACAUCCUUUCAAAAAUGGGCCACAUCCAGAAAAUUUGGCUCGAUCAAUGGUGUGGGAAAACUGUCGAGCAUCCUACGACGAAGUUCUGAGACACCUGGAGAGGAUACGAGAAGACCGAAACCGCGCAGACCGAGUCUUGGGUCUGGAGAGGGAGGAGGCCGUAGACCGACCGAUGUCCCCACACAAAACAAAUGGCAUGAGUCACCAAGCGGACAGUAAGCGAUUCUUUGCCAUGGUCAAAAACAAUCCGGUUUUGUACGAUAUGAACGCUAAAAUCUGCGCAGAUUCUGCAAACAAGAACAAUUUAUGGAAAGGCGUGGUAGCGUUGCAGGUCGGAUUAAGAGGAUAUGGCGAGACAGACGUCCUCAACCUGAGCGGCAAGAGCGACUCCCGCGACGACCUCAGUGACGCCCCUACGCCCAGGGACGACAGGGACGACCGCGACGACAAAGACGACGGCCUCUCCGAUGCCGACGAUAUAGACGACAAAAACGAUCUGAGCGACAGGGACGACUUCGACUACCAAGAUCGCCCUUCUUUGCACUUUAACAACAACAACAACAUUCUAACCUCAUCCGCCAACAACAACAACAACAACAAUAACAACAGUACCACAAGCAGCAUCAUCACCAGUAGUUCGGGAGGGGCCAUGGGCGUGUUAGGCGAGGGCGUCAGCAGCCUCCUCCUGGGCAGCAUCAGCAGUAGCAGCAGCGGCAGUAGCAGCGUGGCCGCCACGCCCACCACCUCACAAAGCUCUGCUCUCUUGCCUGCUGGGGAAGACCGACUUCCUGCUGGCUUGAGUGGGUUAGCUGGGCUGAGCAUGGGCGGAGGCGAGGUAACUCCCACAGGGCCUCAUCCACCUCUCUCCUCUUUAGAAAACCUCCUCGGCAACAUCCAGAACCUCCUGAAGGUGGCGGCCGAAAGUGUAAGGCACGAGGAGAAGCAGUGGGUGAGAGAAAAAGAGCACCUUCGGCUGGAGUUCUUGCGCCAAAAGGAGAUGAGAGAGCGCCUUGAGAAACAGUUGGUAGAAGACGAAAAAGUAAAAUUGUUGUACCUGCGGAAGCUGAAGAAGGAGAAGAGGGCGCGACGUCGCCUGGAGGAAGAACUCACAGAGAAACUGAAACGCCUCUCGCAGUACGAACCCAACGCCAAGGAGCUGCUCAGGGCUGCUGCCGAGUCUCUGGCGAAAGAGGGCGUGAAGAACGCAGCAGUCGCGGCAGCGGCAGCGGCGGCAGCAGCAGCCGCGUCAGGAGCGACUUCGGUGCCGGGAGACAACCAGCGCCUCAGCCCAAAGUCACAUCAGCCGCAACAGCAACAACAACAGCAACAGCAGCAGUCGCAGCAGCAGCAGCAGCAGCAACAACAGCAGCAGCAGCAGCAACCAGAGCUUCAGGAAGUGCGGACCUCACAGAGCGAUGCUCCGCCCGUUUACUUCAACAAAUCGCUGCUGUUCAACUGCUCAGCUUAAGCCGCUGUCAUCUGCCGCAUCAUGAUGCAUGUGAAUAGCGUAUAAUGAAUGGUGUUGUAACAUAUAAUGUACGCAGACGAAGGAGCACCUUCUCACCUGGAGGUGUCAUUGUCGUCGUCGAAGCCCCGGUUGGCUGCCGGUUGCUGCAACAACAUCACUCCUCGCUGCUCUGUUCCCUUCGGCGUGAUCUCGGCGGCUGUUUCCUCAGCCUCUUCACCGCCAUGAAGCAAGAAGCUUUCUUCUUUUCUUUUUUGUGUCCCCCCACGGGUGGCCAGAAGGGGCGAAGAGGACUUCAUUGCCAUUCCGAGGCGAUCCAAAGUAGCAGCGACCUCUGGUGGACCCAGCAAGCAGCAGCAGCAGCACAAACGGCGGGAAUAGUUGCAUAGCAGCCUAUUGAUCCUGGCAUAGACAAGGGCGAUCGCACCAGAAGGGGGCAGACCCAUUGAAAUGCUAUGGGUGAUCUUCGAGUUUUAAAGAGUCACCCCUAAUCCGGACUUUAUGAAGAUUUAUUUAUGGCAGCCUCAUGCUCCAAUUUUUUUUCCUCUCUCCUUUUUUGGAAAAUAAAAAGUGAGCCUCAAGGCUGCAAGGACCUUUAGGCGUAGGUGUAGUUUAGGGCGAUAUUGUGUUGGGUGUUGACCUGUUCUUGAACCCUGCUAGUGGGCGGCGAGGGGUUGGCUUGGUAUUGCCCCGCCGGCCGGCGGUCGUGAGUCCUGAGCGCACGACUUCCGACGCGCUUACCGACCCUGCCACUAUUUGAAAUUUUUGCUGCCAAUUACGUGGAGUUUGUCGUGUCGGAGUUAUGAUACAUCCUUCACCGGCAGCCAUGAAUACACACUAACAAAGUAUUCGGAUCGAGAGAAAAGCCGAGUGCGAGGGAUGGUUGUGGGCAGGAGGUGCCACGAACAAUGCCCUAUCACAACAACGCUCUGCAUAAGAUGAUUGUUUCGUUACAAUGUGUCUCAAGUGGAGAUCGUCUCUUCUCAUGCCCGUGUGAAGGCAGACAGUGCCCGUACCCAACAGAUGUGUAGACACACUCCCAACGCCCGAUAUAAAGACGCUAUAUCCCACUUCUUGAGUAAAACUGAUUGUGUCCAAAAAUGAUUUGUAUUGAUGAUGAGUUUACUCUGUGUCUAGAUUCUCAUUCAUUGUGAGUGCCGACACUAAACAAAAAAUGAAUAGUAUCUGUUCCUCCAGAUACUUGACGAUGAAAAAAUAGAAAGUUCAUUUCAAUUUUUGCCGUAGUAAGUAAUAGAUUCUUUAAAUAUAAAUCGACUAAAUCAGUUCAGUGAAGACAAAAGAUCAGACGAACGCGAAAGGAAGUAUUUCCAAUGACCUCGAAUGGCCCCACAAAUGAAGAGAAUUCGAGGCAGGAGGAAAAACGUCUAAUGUUACAAAUAUGUCAGGCAUUUAAGAUAAAUAAAGAAGCCCAUUUCCUCUCCGUUUAGUGUUUACUAUAAAUUAUAAGAUAUAUGUGUGUCUGGAAAACAUUAUAGUGAGAGUCAAAGCAAAAACUCCAAAAAAAGAAUGUAUGAUGAUGUGGCCGUGUGUGUGUGUGUGUGUGUGUGUGUGUG